ACGUGAUUGGCGUCGGCUGCCGUGACGUCAUCGCGGCGCGCGGCGGGAGCGGAGCCCCCUGCGCCAAGGGGAGCGCGGGGCGGGUCCCGGUACCGGGGAGGAUGAGCCGGUUCCUGAACGUGCUGCGCAGCUGGCUGGUGAUGGUGUCGGUCAUCGCGGCCGGGAACACCCUGCAGAGCUUCCGCGACCACGGCUUCCUCUCCGAGAAGCUGUACACCGCCAGCCCCGGCCUCGUGAACGGGCUCCAGGCUCGGACAUUCGGCGUCUGGACGCUGCUGUCAUCGGUGAUCCGCUGUCUCUGCGCCAUCGACAUCCGCAACAGGACCCUCUAUUACAUCACGCUCUUCACCUUCUGUUUGGCCCUUGUUCACUUUCUCUCUGAGGUCUUCAUUUACCACACUGCAGCCUUGACAAUUGGAGUUAUGGCACCCCUUAUGGUAGCAAGUUUCUCUAUGUUGGGGAUGUUGAUUGGGCUACAGUACCUGGAAGUAGAAGAACUGUCACAAAACAAGAAGAAAAACUGAAGCUGAGGGCCCUGCAUAGGUCAGCACUGUCUCCUAUCUUCACUGCCAAAAUUCCACUAAAGCUCAGAGCUCAGUUGAACUUCUCCAUAACACUAAUCCCCCCAUUUCUAAUAAAUGACAGAAAACUG